UUGUGACCACUUCGCUUUAUGUCGGCGUAUCGCUUUUCGUCAAUCGAUACGUGAGCGUCUGUCCAUACAAUGGGCUGGAUCUGCCCUGUCUCAUUUUAUCUACGCCGUCUCCAAGUUACCAGCAACUACACCAUUAGAGUUAGGUCGCUAUACGGCAGACAUGUGUCAAGCGUGGAGGUACACCUUCACAUGCGGACACCAGAGCGGAGAAAAGUGGUACGACCCUGAAAACGCCGAGGAUUGCCCAGAGGCGGUGCGUGCCAAUCGUCGUCACAGGCAAUAUGGAACGCUAUUGCGCUGUAACCCCUUAUCGACUGCGUCCGUGUCAACGCAAGGUGUUUGUUCGAGGGACAAAUGCUAUGCCAAGGAGUACCUCAUACCCUACGGGGUAAAGCAUUGUGCAAAUUCUCAGGCCGGUCUCAAUCAAGGGCUAUGCCGGCACAACCCGUGUCGUCACUGUCAAGUAGAUGACCCUGCUCAAUAAUAAUCAGCAAACUAUCUUGAUAAAAUCACGAUAGAUAGCACUCGCUUGCCAAAUGCCUUCCGUCUCCUGUCGCGCAAGUCUGAGCCUUCGUCAUUUAUGCUCUGUGUGCCGAGCCGCCAAGUCCAUCCUAGCACACGGCUCCAGGUCUCGACAGCUAGGCUAUCAUUGACUAAGACGUCG